UGCUAGUCUUGAGAAACCACCUCUGUGAAUUAAAAUUUGAGUGAAAUGGCUGCUUAUGGAGCUCUAGUUUCGGUUAUGUAUAUUAUAGAUCAAAUCCAAACACAUCCACGCCCUCCUAUUUCCAUUGACCAAAAACAGGUUGAAUCUCUCACUCAACUAGUGACUUCCUUGCAAAAAUUUCUUGAAGGCUAUUCUCCCCGCGGUGGCUACACCGAGGAUGAAGAUGUCUGGGAGUGUCGCAUUGCUGAAGCGGCUUACAAUGCUGAAGAUGUGAUCGAGUCGUAUAUUGUUGAUCAAAUUCUUGUUCGAUCAAGAAAUGAUGUACAAAACAUCAGCUCCACUGAAUUCUAUCAAGGUUUGCAGGAGGUGAUAGAGAACAUGAAUUUGAUCAAGAUUGAGAUUGAUGAGAAGAUGGUACUCCAAGAUCAACAACACAUCAUCAAGCCUUUGAGCGGUGAUGUCGUUGCUGCAGGCUCGUCUAAAUCUACUUCCACUGCUAAGAACGUCACCAUGAUUGGUUUUGAUGAUGUCUUGUUGCAAAUGUUGGACAAGAUCACUGGAGGAGGAUCCAGCCGCCAGAUUAUCCCGAUCGUUGGAAUGGGUGGGAUAGGCAAGACCACUCUUGCUCGGAAUAUCUAUGUAAGUCCACUUGUCCAGGAAUCUUUUGAUGUUUGCGCUUGGUCAACAAUUUCUCAAGGGUACAAUGCUCGAGAAAUUCUUAGACAAAUUCUUGAUCAGGUAGACGGGGCUAAGGGGGGUGACUUAAGUGUAGAUGAGUUAGGAGAUUAUUUGUACAAAUAUUUGUUUGGAAGGAAGUAUUUUAUUGUAAUGGAUGAUAUGUGGACAAUUGAGGCUUGGGAUCGAGUCAGGAGAUUCUUUCCGGAUAAUAACAAUGGGAGUAGGAUGGUAGUGACUACGAGGCUAUCAAACUUGGCAUCUCAAUUUAACUACUCCAAUGGUCUUGAUUUGGAAUUUUUGGAUGAGGAUGCUAGUUGGGACCUAUUUUGCAAAACUGUGUUCGGGGAAGAAGCUUGCCCUCUUGAGUUGGAGGACAUUGGGAAAAAGAUUGUGCAAGGUUGUAAGGGACUUCCGUUGUCGGUUGCUGUGAUCGGGGGACUCUUAUCAAAAUCUGAACGAACAAAAGAAAGUUGGGGAUUGUUUGAAAAAAAUAUAAGUUCAAUUGUGAACUUGGAUGAUAACGAGAAUUGCUUGCAAGUAUUAUACACGAGUUAUAAUAAUUUGCCAGCGUUUUUAAAACCAUGUUUUCUCUAUAUGGGAAUAUAUGACGAAGAUGAAGAUAUUUCAAUCUUUGAAAUCACCCUUUUAUUGGUUACGGAGGGAUUAGUAAAACCAAUUAAUGGAAAAAGUUUAGAAGAGGCAGCAGAAGAGUAUAUGGAAGAACUUGUUGAUAGAAAUAUGGUUAUAGUAGAAAACCGCAAGCAUUCUGGGAAACUAAAAACAUUGAAAAUGCAUGACCUGUUGAGGGAUGUAUGUGUGAGAGAAGGUCGAAAAUUGAAGUUUUUAAGUUUGUUGGAAGAGGGGAGCUUUCCACAAGCCAUAAAUUCUCAACGUCGUAUCGUGCGCAGGUCAAAAGAAGAUGAAUAUCCAACUCAAAUCCUUCAACUCUUGGAUUCUGCUUCCCUUCUCCGGUCAUUUUUAGGGUCAUGUCCAAGGAGUUUGGCAUGUAAAUUUAGAUUGUCAAGGGUACUUCUGUUUGAGGAAUGUUUUGAGCAAGCAGAUAGUUAUGAGAAGAUUUUUCGUGGUUUGGUUAACUUGCGUGUUCUCGGUCUCACUGUUGAUAUGCAUUUGUUACCCAGAAUUCCUUCUUCAGUGUGUUUUCAUUGGAAUUUACAGUCAAUAUAUUUAUCUGGUAUCAGUGAUGACUUUGUUUUGGAGACUUGGAAGGUGUCUCAACUUAGGCAUGUCAUAACCGAUGACGAAGGAAAACUUGAUGGUGCAUAUUGUCUCCCGAAUUCUCUCACUGAGGAAGAGGAUACGGUGGUAUUAGAAAACCUGCAAACCCUUUAUAAUGUGAAGAAUCUCAAGUUUGGCGAGGGAGUGCUUAAAAGAAUCCCGAAUGUCAAAAAAUUGAAGCUAUACUAUGAUGCCUCUGGUGAAGAAGAUUGUUACGCUCUCAACAAUCUCCAUCGCCUCCACAAACUUGAAACUCUUCGACUUGUUUGUGAUACAGCACUAUCUGAUGGGCAUUUGGUGCAAGAAGUGAUCUUCCCGCGUUCUCUCAAGAAGUUGAUAUUGAAAGAAACCUAUCUUCCUUGGGAAGACAUGAACGCGAAAAUAGGUUUGUUGCCCCUUCUUCAAGUUCUCCAGCUGGAAAGGAACUCCUUCGCUGGGUCUGAGUGGGAAACAAUGGAAGACCAGUUCUUGAGUCUCAAGUUCUUGCAGAUUGAGCAUUGUGAUCUGGAGUGUUGGAUCACAGACGACACCCACUUUCCAAGCCUCGAGCAUAUUGUUCUUUCUGAUUUAUCCGCCUUGGGAGAGAUUCCUUUGAGCAUCGGAGACAUACCAACGCUUCAAUCCAUUAAGAUGAGUCAAUGUAGUCAAUCUGUGGUGGAUUCAGCUGAAAGAAUACAGGAGGAGCAACUGGAACUAGGCAAUGAAAAUCUUCUAGUCCUUAAUUAUUCGAUGAAGAAUUUGUGAGAAAUUGCUCUACGGAUCAUGUCUACUUGUAGUGGGAGAAGAUGCAAGUCUACAAAAUCGAGCUAAUCCAAGUUGUGUUUGUUUCUAGCAUUUUUAUGUAACUUAUUUACUGUUAUCCCUUUUCCUAUUCAAGUAUGUAUUGUUUGUAUUGUAUUCAUUUCAAGAUUGAGAAUAUUAAGUUAUUGUGAUUUUGUGAGUUUGCUAAUCAAACUGUUG